AUUUUAACCAAUCCAAUCGAGGAAACCUGGUUCCAUGAUAUUUCCCGUUUUAGCAUCGAUCGUACCGAUGGACAUUUCUGCCGCGAAUGUCCGCGCUCAAUGGGGUGGGGGUGGCAGUGGUAGCUCGCUGCAGGGAAGCAACUUAACAAAAUCACUCUCAGAUGCAACGUCCUCGUUCUCGUCAUGGGGACACUCCUUGAUGAAGAACAUCCCAACGGCGUUGACGCCAUCGUCCUCCGAUGCUGAAACCGCCUCGCUGACAGCUGAUGACGACACGGAUUUGGAACAUGGCGCGUCGCCGUCCGCCUCGUCGGUAGGAAUGCUUUCCUUAUGGAGCAAUAUCAAGAGCAAGAGCCAGACGGCCUUGUCUCCCGCCCAACUCGACAACGUCAAGUCGUAUCCCCAACGCUUCCGGUCGUUUGUGCUGCUUCUGCUCCUCGCCGGACUCUUCUUCGGCAUGGCGUCGCUGUUUCUGCCGCUCCUGCUGCUUCGACCGUCCAAAUUCGCCCUCAGUUUUUCCUUUGGCAGCAUCUCAUGCUUGUCAGCGGUCGCGGCUUUGCGUGGAUGGAAGUCCUACUGCACAUCGCUGCUGCAAGCCGAGCACAUCCUGCUCACGACGCUGUAUCUCAUCUCCCUUGGCGCCACGCUAUACUCGUGUCUGGUCAUGGGGAGCUACCUGUACGUGCUUGUCAGCGCGGGGGUGCAGUUGGUGACGUUGGGAUACUUCCUCGUGUCGGCGUUUCCUGGCGGGGUUGCCGCGUUCAACACGCUUGGAAAGGUCCUCAUGAAGACAGCAAAGGGCAUCUCGAAAGCAUGUGCCAAGUUGAUGCAAUCGACGUGAAAUUUAAGAUGAUUAAUAAUGCAGUAGUUAACGUUACUUUAGAUUUAAAGCAACGUUACUUUAGAUUUGCAAUAAGAAUUUUU